AUGGCAGUGGGUGUCUACAAACGUGGCGUCGUGAUUGGAAUUGUUGUUGGGUGGGGUAACCUCAAUGGAGUUGUCAGCUCAAACAUCUAUAUUUCAACGGAAAGCCCCCGAUUUUGGACUGGUCAUGGCACUGUCCUGGCUUACCUGAUCGUCUGCUUGCUGGGAGGUACCAUCUUCAUGCACGUCAUGCUGCGAAUGGAAAACGCUCGACGACUGAGCGGUAAGCGUGAUAACAUGCACGAAGGAAUGACACGAGAUCAAAUUUGGGUUGCUGGUGACAAUAGACCUGAUUUCAUCUAUGUUACUUGA